AUGCUCUGUGUGCCGAUCAGCUCCUCCCACUCAGUGUCUCCAUGGUGAAGUGGGCGGGCUCUGAUGUCAGCCCCCGCUCUCUCCGACCCUCCCGCCAUGCCCACCAUGGUCUCUAGGCUUCCCAAGUUUGGCUCGCGGCCAAAGUCCGCCGUGCCCACGGGCGACGCCGGCACGGGCCCGACUGCCGCCGUGAACAGCGCCACCCGGCUGACCAACGGCUUCUACCACCACCCCGGCCCCGCCGCCACCGCCGACGUCAAAGGCGGUGUGGGUGCGCCCUCCUCCUCCGUCAGGCAGAAUGGUUUCAUCCGCAUGCCGUCUUCGUUCGCCAUGAAGUGGCGGAAAGGAAAUGGCGGUGCCGGGGAGGGCGGAGCAGAUGGAGAGAGGGAGUGUCCGGGCAGGAAAGGCGGGAAUACCGGGCAGAGUCGAGCCGGCACCCAACCCCAUCAGUAUUACCUCCCUCGGCAGCAGGCGUCACCUCAGCGAUCUCCGUUAGCAGCUCAGCGCGAGGCCAAAAAGCCGGCUGUGUCCUCUGCAGGGAAGGGGCGUGGCUUGGGCCAGGCUGUGACAUCAUCACCGUCGGCGUCACCGCAGUCCAGCCCCAGAACUCUCCCUGUGUCCAAAACCGGAGGUUAUGGCACCAAACCGAACCAAACCAACGGGGCGAAGCAGAACCUCAAUGGCCUGGCCGGGUCCCGACCGCGGCUUGGGACCGGAAGUUCCCUCAGGGUUCCUCUGGGUCCCUCUCGUUCCGGCGGGUUGGGAGAGUCAAGGCCCGGUUCUGGUCCUGGUUCCAGGUCGGGUUCCCCGUUCAGCAACCCUCCGGCCAGCCGCUCCCACUCCAGCGACAGCCUCGGCUCCGGUCAUUCCAGCAGCCUGACCGAAGGCGACCGGCUUCGUUCCCGGAGCCUCACGCAGGUGCGGCGGCUGCCCUCGCCCACGCUGACCCCUCCCACCACCUCCUCCUCCUCGCUCCCUCGCUCCUCUGCCCUUAAUCCGACCUCCACCUACUCCUCCGCCGCCACCCGCUCGUACUCCUCCAACAGGGCCGCUGAGCGAGGAUUCAAAGAGCCGUCACCUUCCUCGGCGCCAUCCAAAGCCCCGCCGGCCAAAUCCCCCCUCACCAGGCAGGGAGGCGUCGGCGGAGGUGGCGGUGGCGGUGGCGGUGGCGGUUUUGGUUUCGGUGGGGUCAAAGUUCAAAGUUCUGCCGCUCUGGGCAGGUCGGCGGCGGGCGACCCCUCCCACCUGCCUCCCUCUGCGCUGAAGAAGCCCCUCCUCCCCGGCCUCGGCGCCUCCCCCAAGCCCAGCGGCAUCAGCUACAAACUGUCCCGCCCGUCGCUCAUCAAGCAGCCCCGCCCCCUCCGGGUGACCCCGGUCACGACAUCAGGAAGUCGCCCGGACGUGACCCAGGCCCUGACAGGAGGGAGGAACUCGGUGGAGACGCCGUCCACCGCGGAAAACAGCCCAGACAUCACCCCAGAGGCUCCAGAGACCGAGGGGCUGUCAGCGGAGCCGAUAUCCCACGGUGAGGUGUCGAUCGUGGGGGAAACCCUGGAGGACAUGUCCCUGUCCUCCACCUCGUCUCUGGAGAGGAACGACACCAGUCAGGAGUACAUGGACGACUUCGACAACCUCGGAAACGGAGGGGUGGGAUUACUGCUGCUCUCCUCCGGUGACAAUCCAGACGUCUCAGGGCUAGACCAACCACGCGGCAGGUUCGCCGACGACAAAGUGGCCGUUAACGGCGUUACCAAGGCGACGGAGCUGUGCAGCUUCCUGGAGGAGAGUCUGGACUGGGCCGGCAUGAGACUGAGCGGUGAGCGAGGGGAGCAUCUGUCCAGACUGUCCCGUCACAGGAGGUCCAGUCAGCCAGACUACCACGACCAGGGCGGCUCCUCUCUGGACCUCUCCCCCUCAGACAGCUGCGGCUCGGGGGGAACCUACAUGUGGGACGAGGAGGGGCUGGAGCCUCUAGGGGGCGCCGCCACCACCACCACCUCCAACAACAACACCAUCAGCCACCGCAGAGGGAGCUACGACUCCGACCUCAACAGCAUCGUAAGAAACCGCCACAACGACCGAUCAGACCCAGAAUCAGACUUAGUGAAGAAAACAGGACCCGUGACUCGUGACCCCCCCGGGGGCCCCGACCCGCGGGUUGGGAACCACCUGCCUAGAAGGUGA